CCAGGUACUACAUAUCUACUCUCUUUAUUCAUUCACUUUUAUCUUCAUCUUUCUUAAACCCUUCACCUUUAUAAUUUCCCUCACCACAAUCAUAUCAUAUAUCUUAAUAAAAGAAGAAAAAUUAUCAAGAAAAAAUGGAUGAACUAAUGGUCUCCUCUUCUUCCUCUUCCUCAUCAUUUUCCAUACCCUCUUUAUUUUCUCAAACAAACCAACCUUUAUCUACCCUUCAACAAAUGCUUCAACAUGUUCUCAAAAAUCAAACAGAUUCUUGGUCUUAUGCUAUUUUUUGGCAAACUUCAAAUGAUGAUGAUGGUCGUUUAUUUUUAGCAUGGGGUGAUGGCCAUUUCCAUGGUACAAAAGUCAAAAAAGGAGAAGUAAAUGGUGCUAAUAAAGCUAGUUCUUUAGAGAGAAAAAAUGUUAUAAAAGGAAUACAAGCUUUGAUUUGUGAAAAUGGAGAUGGUGUAGUAGAAGAUGGUGGUGAUGUUACUGAUAUUGAAUGGUUUUAUGUUAUGUCUUUAGCUCAAUCUUUUUCUAUUGGUGAUGGAAUUCCUGGUAAAGCUUUUUGUACUGGUUCUUUUGUGUGGCUAAAUGGGGCACAACAACUUCAGUUUUGUAGUUGUGAAAGGGCUAAAGAAGCUCAAGUUCAUGGUAUUGAAACUUUGGUUUGUAUUCCAACUUCAAAUGGAGUUCUUGAACUUGGAUCAAGUGAUUUAAUCAAAGAAAAUUGGAGCUUAGUUCAACAAGUUAAAUCACUUUUCUCUUUAGAUCAAGAAAAUGGUCUUGAAAAAACCGUUUCUUUUGCUAAUAUUGGCCUUGUCUCUUGCUUACAAGAAAAUGGUCAAAUUUUAGCCAUCAACAACAACAAUCAUAACAAGAACAACACUAGCAAAAAGCCGAAAACCGAGGAAAUUUCCACUACUGCAACAGCUGCAACAACUUUAUUUCAAGAUUCUGACCAUUCGGAUUCUGAUUGUCAAGUACUUGUUGACAAGCCAAUAGUGGAGAAAAAAACACCAAAAAAGAGAGGGAGAAAGCCAGGGGCAACCCGUGAAACCCCGUUAAACCAUGUCGAAGCAGAGAGACAGAGAAGGGAGAAACUAAACCACAGAUUUUACGCGUUACGCUCUGUUGUACCUCAUGUUACAAAAAUGGACAAAGCUUCUUUGUUAUCAGAUGCUGUUGAAUACAUCAAUGAGUUAAAAACCAAAGUGGAUGAAUUAGAGUUGCAGCUUAACAAAAAAUCAGAGAGCAAAAAGAAGCUGAAAGUUGAGUCAAUGGACAGUACAACUCUUGACAACCAGACUACUACUACUACUACAACUUCCGUGGAUCAAAUUAGGCCAAAUUCUAACUCAUCAUCUUCAUAUGGACCAAAUAAUUUAACAGUUGAAGUUGAAGUCAAGAUUUUAGGUCCAGAUGCAAUGAUAAGGGUACAAUCGGAAAAUGUGAAUUAUCCUUCAGCAAGAUUAAUGCGUGCACUUCAAGAUCUUGAAUUACAUGUACACCAUGCUAGUAUUUCAAGUGUUAAUGAUCUUAUGCUUCAGGAUAUUGUUGUUAAAGUUCCUAAAUGUUUAGGUACUGAAAAUGGUCUAAAAUCUGCUCUUCUUAGAAGCUUAGAGCAGUAGUAGAAAUGUUGAUUACUAAUAUAUUUACUUGUUGUUUACUUAUUAUUAUGCCUAAAUCAGUUCAUUGUUUAAUAUAUAAAUAGCUAGUUUUUUCGUA